CGUGGUCGGAAAUCAUCGGUGUGCUUUGUGAGUGUGUGUGUUUUGGAGGAGAAGAAGAAGAAGCACUUUGUCUUUUGCAUCCUGUUGAGAAAGUGCAACGGCUCGUGUGCUGUUGUGUGUGCGUGUUGUGUGUCUGCAAAGUGUGUUUGGAGCCAGGGCCAAUUUAAGUAUGAAGAGAGGAAAGAAGACAGAGGAUGCAGCUGCAGAUGAGGAAAAUGACACAGGCUCUGCUUCAGCAAAGAAAACAAAGAAGGCGAAAGAGCCAGAGGCCCCGAUACUGUACGAGGAUCCUCCGGACAAAAUGACCUGCAAAGAUGGACGUGAAGCCAACAUGAAGAUCACUUCCUGGAACGUCGACGGUCUGAGGGCAUGGGUGAAAAAGAAUGGCCUGGAUUGGGUGCGUGAGGAGUCUCCAGAUGUUUUGUGUCUGCAGGAGACAAAGUGUGCAGAAAAGUCCCUCCCUGCUGCCAUCACAUCCAUGCCCGAGUAUCCUUACAAAUAUUGGGCAUCGUCCGAUGAAAAGGAGGGUUACAGUGGUGUGGCCAUGCUCUGCAAGACUGAACCCAUCAAGGUCACCUAUGGCAUUGGUAAAGAAGAGCAUGACAAGGAGGGCCGUGUCAUCACUGCCGAGUUCCCCACCUUUUACCUGGUGACCACCUAUGUGCCAAACUCCGGCAGAGGCCUUGUGCGCCUAGAUUACCGCAAAACCUGGGACGUGGACUUCCGGGCGUACCUGAGCGAGCUGGACAUACAGAAGCCCCUAGUGCUGUGUGGUGACCUUAAUGUCGCACACCAGGAGAUCGACCUGAAGAACCCCAAGGGGAACAAGAAAAACGCAGGCUUCACCCCUGACGAGCGCGAAGGCUUCACCCAACUGCUAGAGUCCGGUUUCACCGACAGCUUCCGCGAGCUCUACCCGGAGCAGACCAACGCCUACACCUUCUGGACCUACAUGAUGAACUCCCGCUCCAAGAACGUGGGCUGGAGGCUCGAUUACUUCGUGCUGUCGUCCAGCCUGCUGCCGGGCCUGUGCGACUGCAAGAUCCGCAACAAGGCCUUGGGAAGCGACCACUGCCCCAUCAGCCUGCACAUAGCUGUGUAGCUCAAAGUUUUACAUGACCUUUACCGUUUUCUUACUACUGCCAUUCAGAAUCGGGUGAAACUAUCACGUAUACCAGUGUUUGAUAGAGUGAGGUGUUCUUACAUGUGCUGUCAAAACUCACUAUUUCAGUAGGCUAGGCAGGAGCUUAGAUGUGUAGUACUUUUAAAUCAAAGUUUUCACAUGAAACCUUCAAAUAAUGACUCCAAAGCACAACGCCCAUUUAUCCUGUUAAUGCAAUUAAAGUCUGUCAUUAAAACAAAACACCUAAUCAUUGACAAAGCGCGUUCCGGUUUGGUUACUGAUAAAAGGUUUAGAGGCUCUCCAGUUUGUUGAGUUUGUUCGGCGUUGCUUUACCAAGAAGCUAAAUGCGAAUAGUGGAAAACAAAAACCUUUGAGGCGAGCAUAAAGAGAGUAAAAGACAAAACAGUUUUUCAACAGUGACCCGUAACUGGCUACAAACAAGCCUCCAUGCUUUACUGCAGUAUGUUUGUGUGUUGCUGUCUGAAACUAAACCACUUUUGCGAUGGUUGUGAUGUGUUAAAGCCCAUUAUGUUUGAAGCUUCUUUUCCAAAGCAGUGUUCAAUUUAUUUUUUUGUAAAACAUGCUCACAAUAAAGAUUGGAUUUAUGUAAAACUUUA